AUGUUAAUUCCCCAUGUAGAAGUAAAUAAUCUUUGAAUUAUUAAAUAGAGAAAUCCAAAUUAUUUUGAAGACACUGAAAAGACAAUAAAGAAAGAAAAGAAUUAUAGAAACUUUUAAAUUUACUAGAAACCUAAACAAAAAAAAGAAUAACCUAAACCUCCUAAAAAAUUGAAAACAAGAGAAUUAUUUGAUUUCUUAAAUAUUUGGGAUUGUGAAAUAGGAAAAAGACACAAUUAUCUUACUUAGUUCAAUCAUUUUUUGAUUUAAAAGAGAGAGACAAUUGAAUUGGAAGAAAUUGAAAAAAAAAUGAAGAAACCAGAUUUUAUUAAAUUUUUUAAAUAUCUCAAAGAAAAAGAAGAUAAAAGUGAUGAUGAAUUAUUUGAACAUGAUGUAAAUUUAUAAAUUGCAUUCACUGCAAAAUAACGACGAGAUUUAAAUGCUUAAGAGAGAUUGAAAAAAAAGCAUAAAUUUCCUUAGGCUAGACCAAAAGAUAUUUUAUUACCUGCUUCAUUUAAUCCAAAUUUUUAAAUCCCUACACCUUCACCUGAUGACUUUGUAAUUGUCACACAUUUUUAUAAUUAAUAUUUAGAAUAACCAAAUAAAUCUAUUCCAAAAUCAAUUUUAUGUUCUUAUAUGUUGGAAAAUCGUAAAUUUUGUGAUGCUUAUAAUAUCAAUAAAAAUCUCUUAGAAGAUUAAUUGAAUGAAUUUCCCACUUAAUUUGAGGAAGAAAUAACAUUAGAGGAAUUUAUUAAUUUCAUACUAUAUCCAAAAAUUCUAAUUAUAAAAGAUAAUUAUGAAUAAAAUCUAUUAAAAUCUGUAAAAGGUAAUUAAGAAUUUGAAGAAUCAUAGAAAUCAUUAUUAUUAAAAAUUUAUGAUGAAUUCAAUUUAGAUUGUGAAGAAAAAGUAAAUCCUAUAAAAUUAAUAUCUUCAAUUAGAACCAGAUAUGAAACAAGAAUAUAUUUAUUUGAUACUUUUAUUUCUUUUAGAGAUAUUAAUAAAAAUAUUCCAUUUGAAAAGUGGUUAUAUGAAUUUGAAGUUUAUUGUUAAAGAUUAGAAUUAGAAUAUAUAUCUAAAUCUUAUUUUAAAGAAUGGUAAAAUUAAUUAUUUGAGAUACCAAAUAAAUUUAUUAUUUUAUAAUCAUCUUAAAUAUCAAAAAAGAGGAAAUAUGAUAAAUUAUUUGAAAAUGAAGAAAUAUGUUUAUAGUCUAAUUUUUUUAGUGAAUUGGAGAAGAUCUUCAAUCAAAUAAGAAAGAGUAAUGAAAGAUUUUCUUAAAAGAAAUUGGUUGUUGAUAAUUUAAUUGCAAAUGAAGAGUUUUCAAGAAAAUUCUUUAAAAUGAAAGUCAGAAAAGAAAAAACUAAUCAAUUACCAAUAGAAACUGUAGAAGAGACAGUUAAUAGAUUAUAAUAAGAGGCUGAUGAAUAUAUAGAUUUAGAUGAACUUAUUGAUUUUUUUACAGUAAGAGGUCGUCCUUUAAUAUUAAGUUAAAAAUUAAAACAAUAAUACACAAUAAAUAAAAAGUAAAAAGAGAAUCCUAUAGAAAAUAAUAAAUUUGGAGCAAUAAAUAAAAUUGAUAAUGGAUUUUUUUUAAUUACUGUACCUGAUAGUAGAAAAGAGAAUGAAAAUUAAGUAAAAUCAAUUAGGUAAAAGGAAGUUGAAAAGAUGUUAAUUGAUAAAGAAAAAGAUUUAUUAAAAGAAAUAAAUACUAAAUUUUAAGCUAAUCCAGUACCAUGGUUUGUUAAAGAACCUCUUUAUGAUUAAUUAAAUAGAGAGAGAGAGGAGAGAAGGGAAAGAAUAAAAGAGGAAAGUAAAGCUAGAUUAAUGUAAAGUAUGAUGGAACCUAAAAGUUUUGAAAAAUAAAAAAAAGAGAUAUAGGUUCCAGAAUAAGAAAUUGAAUUCAAAUUUAUGUCUCGACCUGUGCCAGAUAGUAUAAGAGAUCCAAGAUUUUAAAUGAUUAUGGAAGAGUAGAGAUCAAGAUCAAAGAGUAAUGUAGAAAAGAAAAAAGCAUAAUGGGCUGAUUAUUUUGCAAAUUCAACUUAAUUAUAGAAAUCUUUAGAGAGAGAAGAAAUUAGAAAAUCACUUAAAAGAGUACAAAAUAAAAAAAAAUAUAAACCAGAGAGUUUUGAAAAAUUUAGAGCAAAAAGUUUACCUAAUUUUGAAAGAUUACACACAAUUUUUGAAAAUAUUAUAGCUUCAAAAAAGAAAUCAUUUGUUCCAACAAUUCCAUGUUAAACUAAUCUAUCAAUAACUAAUAGAACAGUUGAUUGUUCUAUGUUAGAUUUAGGAAAUUAGUCCAAUAUGAAAGGAAAAUAAAAAAUUGCUGAUAUAGAUAAUAGAUUAAAUAAGAUACUUAAGAGUUCUCGUCCAAAUAUUAUUAAAACAAAAUCUACAGCUUCAAUAAGCAAAUAUAGACGUAAGUAAAGAUAUGAAAAGGAAUACAAAUAACAAUUAAUAAAUGAUGAAUUAGAAUAAUGGAAGGAGGAAAGAAAGUAAUUAUUGCCAAAAGGAAUGAAAAUAAAUAAUCCAGCUGUAUAUUUAUAUAUAUAAAUUAUUUAUAGGCUGAAUAAUAGAAAUUAUUAGAUAAUGAACUUGAAGAUUUAGUAAAAUGGAAAAAGAAGUACCAUAAAAAUUUAGAUAAAGAUUAUUAAAAUGAUUUAAAGAAAAUGUAGAAAAGAGUUUAAAAGAGGAGACUCUUAAGAUUUUAAUCAAAUAAUUUAGAUGAUUAAGAGGAUUCUAGUUCUUAAUCAUCAAAAUCAUCUGAUAGAAGUUAACAAGUUCAUCAUAUUGACAAAUUUUUAUGA